AUGAAAGUUUUGAUUAUUUUUGCCCACCCGGAACCACAAUCUCUCAAUGGCACACUUCAUCAGAUUGCCAUAGAAGAGCUGGAAGGACAAGGCCAUCAUGUCCAGGUCUCCGAUCUAUAUAAGAUGAAGUGGAAGUCAGAAGUGGAUCGUGAAGACUUUCCAAAUUUUCCGAAGGACCAACGGCUGGACCUGUGGGCCGCAUCCGCUGAAGCAUAUGCGGAGAAUUCUUUAACUCAAGAUGUGCUUGACGAGCAAGCCAAGCUGCGAUGGGCCGACUUCGUGAUUUUCCACUUCCCCCUCUGGUGGUUCACUAUGCCAGCAAUUCUGAAGGGAUGGGUGGACAGGGUCUACACCUAUGGCUUUGGUCACGGCAUUGGAGAUCAUUCCGACAAACGCUGGGGAGACCGAUACGGAGAAGGUACUUUGGCAGGGAAACGAGCCAUGCUGAUCGUAACUCUUGGCGGCUGGAAGGAACACUACUCGGCCCGCGGCAUUAGUGGCCCAAUUGAAGACGUUUUAUUCCCGAUUAACCACGGUAUUCUGUUUUACCCCGGCUUCGACGUUCUACCACCAUUUGUUGCCUUCCGAGUUCACAAAACUAGUUUUGAUGAACUGGCCAGUGAACUCCGAAAAAGAAUGCGUGAAAUUGAGUUUACGAAACCUAUUCCCUAUCGCAACCAAAAUGGUGGCGAGUACACUAUCCCAACCUUGACUCUGCACGAGAGUCACGGUGGAAACCUCGCAUCUGGUUUCGAACUUCAUACACGCACGAAAGUGGAGACAUCCGAUGUGAAAUAA